UAAAUGUCAUCUGUUUAGGUCAAAAUUUAAAAUAGGCGGACGUAUAAAACCCCGUAUUUAUGUAGAUAUCUUUUCUUUGUCCUUGUAAAUAUAACUGGAAGACGUGUAAAUCAGAAGAACACUAAAGAGAUCUACAACAAGUAACAUAAUCUUCGUGAAAAAAGUGAUCAAGAUGAGCAAGCUGUGCCGCCAGGUGUCCAUCGAGUCCCCCGGGCCCACGCUGAAGGAGUGCGUGUUCAGCUUCGACGUGCCCGUGCCCGAGGUGCCCAUGUACGGCGCGAGGAUCCGGGUCGCGUACGCCGGCGCCUGCUACAGGGCGAACCGCACCCGUUCCGCGUCCGUGUGUUCGACAUCUUCCGUCUCGUCCAUCGGCAGCCUGUCGGGUGAGAUGGAGAACUUCGGGUUUCACACCUCGACACCUGCACAUAUAGGAUUACGCGACGGGGCCCUUUUCCCUGGCUACGAGGUGGCUGGAGUGGUUGACGCCAUCGGCAAGAAUGCCGACACAGAAGGCAUCAAAGAAGGCGACAGGAUCGUUCUGUACCCGUACGAAGGAGUCCCCCACGGCUACGCGGACUACAUAGUGGUCCCGGACUUUAAGUGCCUGGUGCGCGUGCCGCCCGAGCUGCCGCUGAGCGUGGCCGCCAUGCUGCCCACCGGCGCGCUGCUCGCCAUGAACACCGUCAACACGGGCAGCGACUGCCUGCACAAGAUCCUGGAAGGGCCAGACCACAAGGACAUAGCCACCGUCCUCAUAGUCGGCACCGGCGGCCUUGCGCUCUGGGCCCUGCGCAUAGCCAGCCACUACUUCCGCCAGUCCUGCUGGCACGACCGCGUGCGGAUAUCUGUCGCCACGCUCAAUGAUGAAGGUUUCCUGUACGCCAAGGACAGCGAAGAAAUAAAAGUAGUACAAUGGAACGAAGACCUGUACGAGAAACAGCUGAUAGAGCGCACAACAGACGCCUGCGGCGGCCCCGUGGACCUGGUCAUGAACUUCGGCACCACAUCCCGUUCACUGCACCGCUCCCUGCAGUGCCUAGCGCCGGGCGGCGUGGUCUUAGUUACCGAGGGCGUGGGGGAGAAGCUCCUCCCCAAGUUCGCGAAGAAGGCCGAGGAGCUGCACGUGCACGUGGUGGUGGUGCCCAACGGCACGCUGGAGCAGCUGCGGGAGCUGGUGGGGCUCGUCGCCAAGGGGGAGAUCGCCCCUCCCCCCCACUCGGUGUUCCCCGCCGAGGAGGCGCAGGAGGUGGUCCGCAAGCUGUGCAACUCGGAGAUCAAGGGCCGCGCCAUCUUGCGGUUCCACAACGUGGACUAAGUGAGUGGGACCACUGCAGCUGGGGAUAUACUGAUGUGACGGCCUAGUGACAUACCUAUAUACAGCGGUGGCAGCAUGGUUCCAUUUUUAUCACCUGUCACUAUGCCUGUCACUUUCGAACAUACAGACAUGGUGACAAAUGAUAUAGAGCCGACCAUCUUAGGCCUACAGGACGUCCCAAGACUACGGGACAUCAAGGGAAAGUACCUUAAAUAUCGUAGAUAGGAUAUUUUGCUGAAAUAAUAAAUAAUAAAUAAAUAUUAUAGGACAUUAUUACACAAAUUGACUAAGUGCCACAGUAAGCUCAAUAAGGCUUGUGUUGAGGGUACUUAGACAACGAUAUAUAUAAUAUAUACAUAUUUAUACAUACUUAAAUACAUAGAAGACUUUAUGUUAUUUUUAAAAGUCAGUAAUUAUCAGCAUAUAAAGGUUUUCUAAGAAUCACUUGCUUCGCCCGGGAAUCGAACCGACUUAAAUGUGAAAAUAAAAUCAUCCCCUAUUUUUCUGAUGCCAAUCGAAAGAAUGGACAAAAAAUAAUAAUUCUUCUUAAGUGACAUAGUAUUUUAAACGAAAGGAACGACGUAAAAUGUAUGAGUCAAAUUUCAUGAAAAUGAUUAAGUCGGUUCGAUUCCCAGACGAAGCCAGUAAUUCUUAGAACAUAUUUAAAUGCAGAAUUACUGACUUUUAAAAAUAACGUAGUCUUCUUUCAGCAAAAUAUCCUAUCUAAGAUAUUUAAGGUACUUUCCCUUGAUGUCCCAUAGUGUUGGGACGCCCUGCAUAGAUCCAGGGCAUUUUUUAUCCUUGGAGUUUGGAGUUCAAAUUUCAAAUUUAAUUUGUACUUGUACAUGUAUCAACGGACAUGUCUGUGCCUAUCGGCGGGCAUACAUUAUUUUCAUCACACUUGUUCGAAAAAGGCCUUAUUUCAUGCAGGUGUGCUGAAGGACAAAGGCCUAUUUCGUUCCCGCGGGAGUUAUGGAUUGUGAAAAAAAGCUAUAACUCCCUAGGGAGUUUUUUUUUAAAUCAUGUCACUUGUUCAUACAAACCAAGUAGCAUAAAUAAGUUUUACUUUUAAAACACUGACGUUUAUAAUUUAAUAUUUUUGUUUAUGUUCAAUAUUAUUUAAUUUGAUUAUUAUUUAAUUAUCUUAUCUAUCUUAUCUAAGUGUGAUGAAAAACAUUGUAACUCCGGGGGGAAGAAUAUUGCAAACUCGGUUCUUUAAUGCCCUCCAGCCUCCGGCUUUCGGGAAUUAGCACCCUCGUAUCCAGACUUUCACCUACCCCCCUCGUUGCACAAUGUACUAUAGAAUUGUCCUCAAGACAACUGACGUACACAUCUGUGAUUAUCCCUGGCUUAGGGGCAGUUUCAUGAUAGCUUGUAUAAGAGGAAGUCCUCUUAAACGAUUGUUGUUUUUUUUUACCGCCUUCAAUAAAGGAGGAGGUGGAGUAUGUUACUCGAUAUCUCCGAGAAUCAUGAACAGAUUUUCAAAAAAAAUUUUUUGAUCGAACAGGUAUAACCCCGAGAUGGUCCCGUUGGCACCAAGUCGGGGUCUGAUGAUGGGAUCUUGGAGAAAUCGAGGGAACUCUUAAAAUGUUAUAGGUACAUGUAUUGUGAAUUUUUUAUUUGUUCCUUAUAAAGGUUUUUGGGAUUUAUGAGGUUAAAAACAGGAACUUUUAUUACAAAUUUUCGUGAGACUAUCCCUUGGUGCCCUGGCAUGCGUACUUGAGUAUGAUUUAAUGUAAUUAACGAUUGAUAUGUGUAUGAUGUAAUGUAUUCGAAAAAAUGUACCUAAUUAACCCAAUAGGCCUAUGGAAGAAUUUUUUUUUUGACAUUUUGACUACACCACAGCCCGUCUGCCUGCCAUGCGAAAAUUUGUUACUAUUCUUAACCUCGCUACCAACGUUUUCGUAGCGCUACGCUGGUAGCCGAUCCCUGUGUUUUCCCGCUUUGUAGAGGAAAGCGAGCCGAGCGGGUUCCCUGUACUCAAUGUGUUAAAGAAAAUAAAUGAUACAGAAAAAUGUUUUAAUAUUAAAAGUACAAAAUUCGGCAUUGCAGCAUAUUUUUAUUUUUUAUUUUAUUGGUAUAUAAGUAUAUUAGAAGAUUACAAAUGCCCUUCAUGAAGCACACUCAAUUAUAAUGUACUUAAUAUACUAUUUUUAUAUAAAUCAGAUGUAUGAUAAUGGUAACUUAAUUUUAUAGAUGGCUACACAUUUUUAAUUGUUUAUUUGACUAAUAUUGCAAUCAGUUUUGUAUUAUUUUAGCGAUCAAUUGUAAUACUACUUUUGUACUUCCUAUAGGACGUACGGUUUUUAAAUUUUUUAUAUUUUAAAAUAAUUAUCUUGUCCGAAAUAAAACCUAUUUAGUUUUAUUUCGGACAAGAUAUCUAUUUAUUGUCGCAUACUGCUACAAAAUAUAUAUUGAUUGAGUAAGAUGUGUAAAAUCUAAGACAAUUUCGUGCUUCGAAUUUGACAGGUAAACGAGAUGGCGCUGUAUAGCGCCAUACAUUUUGCGGUAACUGUCAAAAGUUGACGGUUGACAAUUCAGUGACCGCAAAACAUAUGGCGCAGUACAGCGCCAUCUGUUUUGGUUGUCAAAUUAAGGGGCACGUUUUUCUUAGACAUGUAUAUUUUACUAUUAGCUAAAAAGAUGCGAUUAUAGAAAUAUUCGCGAAAUAAAUGAAUGUAACCUUGUAAUUGUAGUUAAAGUUAAAAAAAACGGCUCGAGAUAUGUUCGGAUCAUAGAUAAAUAAGUACAUAAGCAUAGAGCGCUCUCUCCAUACAUCAGUUUUCUUCCCAAAACUUAUUUGAGUACUCGACAUCGCUACUUGACACUAGAUUUUUUUUUUUUUUUUAUACUACGUCGGUGGCAAACAAGCAUACGGCCUGCCUGAUGGUAAGCAGUCUCCGUAGCCUAUGUACACCCGCAACUCCAGAGGAGUUAUAUGCGCGUUGCCGACCCUAACCCCACCCCCCGCGUUGAGUUCUGGCAACCUUACUCACCGGCAGGAACACAACACUAUGAGUAGGGUCUAGUGUUAUUUGGCUGGUGUUUUCUGUAAGGUGGAGGUACUUCCCCAGUUGGGCUCUGCUCUAGAUCUGGAAUGACAAAUGCAUCUGCAGAUGUCACGAGUGUCACGAGUGACGAAAAGUGUAUUGCUCAACAAUUUACAGCUAAUACUACAAGCAGGAGUUGAAAAUAACGUUCCGGUCAGGGCUGCCAGAUCGUAUAAUUCGAUACGAAUUUCGUAUAAUGGGACUGAUUAUCGUAUCUAUUAUGUAUAUAGUCGUUCGGUAUAAAUUUUUUUUUUAAUAUUAUAGGACAUUAUUACACAAAUUGAGUAGUAAGAAACAGUAAGCUCAAUAAGGCUUGUGUUGAGGGUACUUAGACAACGAUAUAUAUAAUAUAUAAAUAUUUGAACACUGACACUGUGUGACAUAGGCUCAUCAGCUAAAUAGCUGCUCGCCUAUAAUUAUAUAAUAAUUAUUUAAAUACAUAGAAGACACCCAUGACUCAGGAACAAAUAUCCAUGCUCAUCACACGAAUAAAUGCCCUUACCAGGAUUUGAACCCGGGACCAUCAGCUUCGUAGGCAGGGUCACUACCCACUAGGCCAAAUUGGAUACGAAAAAACACGAAUGGUUAAUUCGCAUUUCUAUUUCAGCACGGGAUUAACAGAGACGGAUUGCCAACUUGAUAAUACGAUACGGUAACGGUUUGAGUAGUUUUCUCUUUAGACUCACCAUUUGAUGAGUUUGGUGUUCUAUAUGAUGGGUGUUUGUUAAUAUGUGAGACGUGUUUUACUUUUUUGUGCUGUGUUUCGGCGCUACUACUAUAUACAAGUCGAUUUUUGAGGUAAGAAUUGAAAAAGUCAGCUAAAAUCGAAUUUCGUAUAAUUUUUGACGUUGGACUGUAUAAUCAAAAUGUAUGUACUGGCAGCCCUGGUUCUGGUUAAUCCGGCUAUAAUAUUAGCUGAUAAUUGUUGAGCAUUAGACUUUCCGUUUCGUCGCGACAUCUAGCGUCAAGUAGCAGUACUGAUAAAUCCGCCACUUGAUGUCGAUUAAGAAAAUAAUAAGCGUUUUGGUAAAAAAACUGAUGUAUGGAGUGAGCAAUCUAUGCCUUGUCUAUAUGGUUUGGAGACAUUCAUCCAACGUUCCAUUCACGCUGUUAACUGGAUGUGAACUUUAUUGCCAAGACACAAGGGCUACAUAUGGUCAGUUAAGGAUUGCGUUUUGGUUAAAAUUAUAGGGGGCGUGCAUGAACUGUAGGAGGCAGCACAGGAGCCGUCAGAUUUUUGGCGCGAGGCGUAAAUGUGAUGUUUUUUGUUUCGAUGUAGCCCACAAGAUGGCAGAACCUACUAUGCACAAGAAAACACGUGACGUGUACAUGUGCAUGUUUAUGGUUCCGAUUCAGGCCACAAGAUGGCAGACCCUCCAACGCGCACGGUCUCUAUUGCACAAUGUUUUUUCAAUCCUUAGACUAAGCGGAGUAUUGAACGACAUUCUAUCCGGGACUAGCCACGAAAUCGCAAAUAGAAUUUAAAGUUUACGAGUUCUCGAUUUCCGGGUAGCGACUUGGUAAAAGUUGUCCAAUAUAACCAAAAAGAAAUUGAAAUAGAGGUGUAUUGCCAAAGAAAACUUUGUAGCCACAGUAAAUUUACUGCCAUCUUUCGACACACGAUUAAAACUUUUAGAACGCCAUUUGACUGUGGUUGAAUUUAUUGAUCACUUUCACUUUCAGUAUGUCCGAGGGUUGAGAAAGCAUAUGUGAUAUGAAAAUGUUUUAAAAUUGUAUGUAUGAAAAAAAGUAUUAUAUUGGUGAAAAAAUGUUGCUUUAGUUAAUAAUAUAAUGCGUUUACGUAAAAAUAAAAUAGUUUUAGUACUUACAACGAAUAUAAUAUAACGUAUUUAAUAAUGGUACUAAUGACUUUGUUAUUAGAAAUGCUAAUCAUAUCUGAAUUUCGCGUAAAAAGUAUCCUUUACAGUACAUAUGGUGGUACUUUACCGCACUAGUGCGAAAAUGAGCAUAUUACGUUACUAUGUCGAACAUUUAAAGGACCAUAUGUACCUACUGUAAAAGUGCGAAUAGGUAAUUCGCAACUCGUUUCGAUUUAAAACACUCCCUUCGGUCGUGUUUUAAUUUAUCGCCACUCGUUUCGAAUUUCCUAUUUUUCGCACUUGUAUCGUAAUGUAUUAUUACAGUACAUAUGGCGUUACUUUACCGCUCUAGUGCGACAAUUAGCACAUUACGUGACGUCGAAAAUCUAAAGGGCCAUAUGUACUGUAAAACGUCCGAUACAUGUGCGAAUUUCCUAUUUCGCACUUGUAUCGUAACAUAUUAUUAUGAAUCGUAGUAUUGGUUAUGGUAUGGAUAAUAUUAUUGUGUGCUGAAUAUAUUAUAUUUUACUUA